AUGCUUCCCGCUCAGAUGGUUCAGAUGAUGGAACCAACUUAUGAUAAUGAUCCAUUAACACAAAUUAGGCAAUCUACCUAUGGUAACCCUGCCUAUACAGAAACUGCCUACACAGAAACUGCCUACACAGAAACUGUUUACAGCGAUUCAGUUCGAACUAGUUAUAGAAGUGAUUUAAGAUACACACCAGAUAUUAAAUUGCAGAUGGAAGAGUAUAAAGAUGAAUUUCCUAAUGGGAUUAGUCUUGCUUGGAAAAGUGUAGGAUAUACAAUAGUCAAUUCAAAAACGAAAAAAAAACAGCAUAUAGUAUCUGGUUGUUCUGGUGUUGUUCAACCUGGUGAAGUUAUGGCCAUAAUGGGUCCAUCUGGUGCGGGUAAAUCAACCCUGUUGGAUCUAUUAGCAGGACGAAAAGAUUCAAAAAUGGUAUCUGGUCAAAUUUUGCUUAAUGGAGUACCGGGUGAAGUCAAAUAUGUUUCACAAUAUGUUAUGCAAGAUGAUGCGCUGAUGGGUGUAUUAACUGUACGAGAAAAUAUUCAAUUUGCUGCUGAUUUAUGUUUUCCUCCAUAUGUGGAUCAAGCAGAAAAAAGUUAUCGUGUACAACAAAUUAUCGAAGAAUUCGGUUUAGACAGAGUUGCCGACAAUAAAAUUGGUACAGUUUUCGUACGUGGUGUAUCAGGUGGUGAAAAACGACGUGCUUCAAUCGCUUCUCAAGUUAUAACCUUACCAAAGAUAAUAUUUUUGGAUGAACCAACUACCGGUCUUGAUUCUGCUGCUGCUUAUAAUGUUAUGAAAUCUAUUGUCGAAAUGGCUAGAAAACAUAAAUUAACUGUCAUUGCUAGUAUUCAUCAACCUUCAACUGAAACUUAUGCUUUAUUCGAUAAAUUAUGCUUAAUUGCUCGUGGUAACACUUUAUAUUUUGGAGAUCGUGAAAAGGCUACUUCUUAUUUUGAAGGUUUGGGUCAUGUAUGCCCUCCGUAUUCAAAUCCUGCCGAUCACUUCCUUCGUUUGGUCAACUCGGAUUUUAUGUUAGAUAAAUCUCAAGCUGAAAGACAUAUUGAUACUUUUAUCAAAUCUUAUGAUCAAUCAAAAGCAAAAUCUAGUACUUUAUCAGAAAUUCGUGGUAUCACUAAGGCUUCUAUGAUGAAUAGAUUUUCCUCUCGUCAAACUGGUACUUACGCUCGUGGCUUUAUUGAUCAAACUUAUUAUUUAACUGUACGAUCUUUCAAGAAUUCUAUGCGCAACGUUUUAAUGUUUUGGGUUCGUGUAGCUAUGUACGUUUGUUUAGCUAUAUUAAUGGGUACUACUUGGUGGCAAGUUGGUUAUAACCAAGAAAACAUUAAUGAUCGUUUCUCUGCACAUUUCUUUUCCGUUGCUUUUCUCGCUUUUAUGAGUGUUGCCGGUAUACCUGGUUUCUUGGAAGAACGUUUAGUAUUUACACGUGAACGUGGAAAUAAUUUUUAUUCUGUUGGUCCUUAUGUAUUGGCAAAUACAAUAAUCUCUAUUCCAUUUGUAAUGAUAAUUGCUGCUUCAUUUAGUGUUGUAGCUUACCCAAUGAUUGGUUUACAUAACGAUUUUAGUAAUGCUCUUCUCUUUUGUUUCUACCUUUUCCUUGCUCUUAUUGUGGCUGAAUCAAUGGUCGUUUUUAUUUCGGCUGUUAUUCCUAUUUUUGUUGCCGCACUUACACUAGUUGCUUUCGCUAAUGGAUUCUUCAUGGUUGUAGAAGGUUACUUUGUACACCGUGAAAAAAUUCCAAAAGCAUGGAAAUGGGCUCAUUACAUUGACUAUCAAAAAUGGGCAUUUGAAGGGAUUAUUCAAAAUGAUUUUAUUGGUUUGACAUUUAAUUGUAAGCAAAUCUCCGAUAAUCCCGUAAAAUAUUUUUGUUUGUAUGGUGAUAAAUCAGGAAACAGUUCAACUUUUACUGGUAAAGAUGUCUUGGAUGAUUAUGGUUACACUGAAAUCAACCUUCAAAAGUGGGCGUUGGCACUUUUCGGUUUAAUGAUUGCUUUCCGAAUUGGUUUUUAUCUCGUAUUACGUCUCAAGAGAAAUACUCAAUAA